AUGGGCUCAUCACCCUCCAAGAUAUUCAAUUCAAGCAAAUCAACAAAUGUCGAGGACAUUCCAAGAGAAACUCCUGAUGAGAAAUGGGCAGAGAAAUUACCAAACGCUAACGAUCCAUCCAAUGUGUCGCCUCCUUCAUUAGGAAAAAUCAAGCGAAACACUAAAGUUAGCCCAAUGAUUAUGCCCAAUGAGGAUGAAAUUCCAAUCUCCCAUAAACGAGAAGAAAAAAAAAACGAAAAAAUUCAACAAAUUCAACUAACAGAAGGAGUUGUCCAGGACUAUAUCAAUCUAGAAAAAGCUAUUUAUCGACUUGAAAGGAAGAACGUCAUCAAAAAAUUUGAAUCUCAAACAAUUCACUCAGAUAACUUGAAGAAUAGUGUUGAACAACUUGAAGCAGUGCUGAAGGAACUCCGUAAACAAACCGAACGCGAAAAAUAUGAUUUGGCCAAUAUAGAACAACCUUCAGUCAAAGAUUAUUUGAAGCAUCAGGGUUCAUGGGAAGAACGCUAUAGUAAAGAGAAAACAGAAUACGUCGAUGCUGUGGCCAAACAGGAAAAAGCUGAAAAAGAGCUGAAAGCAGCUAGAAUCAAUUAUCAGAAUGCAGUAAAAAUAACGGAAAUAUACAAACAACAAACAGACAAUCUGUAUGGAUUACAUGAUCAACAAGACAAACUGUUAUCUAGUAUCAUGGGAACACAGAGCGCAUCAGAGAAAGAGAAUGUCUUAGAAAGCGAAGUCGAAGAUAUGAUGGAUUGGCAGCAACGCGUGUCACUUGCUAUGUUUAAAUGGGCAAAUGGACGAGUUCUCUUGGUACACGCAUUAACUCAAAUCACAUUUGGAAUAAAUCGAUGGAUUGAUGCCAAAAAUAUAGAUAAGGAGAAUCAGCGUGGAAGAUAUUUUGCUGCUGCCGAAGCGAGAAAUAAUUUCAUUGCUGCAGCACAGAAUGUCCAAUCAUGCCGGAUGUACCUAAACAAAGUAGAUUUUCCUUAUGCUACAGAGGCGGAAAUAACAUUAAUGGAAGAUACGGUUUCAAAAGCUUUCAAAAACGUUCAAGAUGAAAAGUUGAUGAAUUCGGCUCUCAAAACAUUCAAGGAAACUCAACAGAAAGUAGCAUCAUUGAUUCAAUGGUUUGACAAAGUCAUAAAUGAUACCAUACGGAAAGAUAUGGAUCAAGCUAACAAUGCGGUCAUUAAAAAUCAAAAAGCUUUACGAGAAGAGAGACUGAACAUCCUUAAAAAACAAACUAAACAAGUGCUUGGAAAAGAUAUACAUAUCGAGUACGAUGAUAUUGAUGAUGACGAACUAGAGAAAGAACUCAAAGCGUUGGAAGAAAAAGCGCUAAAAGAAAUUGAAGAAGUCAAUAAUGCCCAAGUUUCAGACAUUCUAACUCAUGGAAAUGAUAAUGGACAAGCCAUUCCAUUAUCGAAAUUAGCUCCAAUACCGAGCAAGGAGGCCUUAUUUGGCGACGUCAAACAGAAACUUUCAGAGCACGAGUCAGCUAAGAAACAAUUUGAAAAAAGAAAUAAUUUACAAAGGGAGAAGCAAGAAAUAGCUUUACAGGAGAAACUGCGAAUGAGACAACAGAAAGGAGGGAAAAGAAUGAAGAAGGAGAAAAAAUCUUCGAAACAACACUCAUAA